UUAAAUAUCACAAACAUGAACGCCAAACUGUUGCUCUUGUUCCUGUUCGUCGCCGUCGCUUUCGCCAACGCCGAGUCGAACGAUCUCAGAAUCGAAGACAUCGAAGACCGCGAGGAGGCUUGGAGACAAUUCAAAAUAAAAUACAACAAGAAAUACGACACGCCGGAGGAGGAGAACAAACGCAAAGCCAUCUUCUUGGAUACCCACAAGGAUGUUACCGAGCACAACAAGAAAUACAAAAAUAACGAAGUGUCGUACAGUCAAGGUAUAUACGAAUUCGCCGAUUUGACGGCGGAAGAAUUCAGAAGGACUCACACCGGAUUGCGAGGACACAACGGCGGCGUAAGAGGUGCCAUCCCGCAAGCUUGAACAGUCCCCCGCAUGUGCCAGGAAAUGUAUAUUCCAACGAUGAAAAUGUUUUGUACA